AUGGCUAUUUGCAUUUUUGAAAAAGUAGAAAAAAAAAAAUUUAAGAAAAUAUUAAAUUGCUUUAAGCUAAGUUCCGAGGAUAUACUAUAUAGCGAAAAUUGUGAAAAAGAAGAAAAUGGGAAAAAGCGUAAAAUUUGCUUACAUGGAAAUUAUCAAAAUUAUUUUUUUGAAAGAUAUAUGAAUAGAAAAAUUAUAUGUAAAGAAGAUAAAGAAAAUAAUAUAUUAUCAAAUGAAUUAAAAAAAAAAAUACAAGUGUGUGAAAUAACGGAAUGUCAAAAUGAAAGAAAAGACAAAAUUGAUGAUUAUAGAUUAUGUAAUAUAGAUAAUUUAAUUAAAGACAUAUUUAAGGAUAAGACAAUUUUAGAUAUAGGAUGUAAUUAUGGAAUAGUUACAUUUUUAUUAAGUUUAAAAUAUAAAUGUAAAACAGUUAAUGGGAUAGAUAUCGAUUUUAAUAUAAUUAAUAAAAAUGUAUCUAUAUUGAAAUUGUUUUUUGAUUUCAUUUUAAUAUAUAAUAAGCAAAAGCAUAUGCUACCUUUUCUUUUAAAUAAACAUUUUUUAAAAACAGAGAGGGAUAUAUUUAAUGAGGUUUACCUUUUGUAUGAAGAGAUCACAUUAAAGGAGGUUGAGAAAAAUGAGGAAAAAAGGAGUAGACAUAAUUUGGAGGUUUGUCAAAAUGAGGAAAAAAGGAGUAGAGACAAUUUAGAGGUUUGUCAAAAUGAGUUUCCCUUUAAUAUAUACUUUUCAUGUUCCAACAUUUUUGAUAAAUGUUUUGAAAAUGUUCAGAAUAAAUAUGAUGUAAUUAUUUGUUUUUCUGUUUUGAAAUGGAUACACUUAAAUUAUGGUGAUACUAAGUUAAUUUUAUUUUUUGAUUUAGUUUAUAAAUUGCUGAAAAAUGGUGGGUAUUUUAUUUUAGAGUAUCAUAGAGAAAUAAAAUAUAAGUUAAAAAAAAAUGAAAGAAUAUUUUUUUUAAAAAAAAAAAAAGAACUUAAAAUGAAUUAUACAAAUUUUGAUGAUAUUGCACAAGGGUUUUAUAAUAAUGUUGCUAAAUUUGUUUUGAUAAAUAAGACAGAUUUUAAAGCGGAUGUGAAAAGAGAUGGGAGGAGAGAAGAUGGAAAGGGGAAGAGAGACACUGGGAUGUUUAAUCGGACAAUAUGCAUUUAUAAAAAGGUGUGA